CUUCUGUUCAUUGUCAUAUUGUUAUUCUAAAUUAAGCCAGUAUUCAUGGAAUACAUUUUUAACUCGUAAAUUGUGAGUUUUUUAAAAUGUUGGAGAAAAAGGAAAAAUGCCCAGAAAAUGGAGGAGUCGGGUUGAAACGGGAGAUUGGACUGAUUAGUGCAGUGAACUUUUUAAUAAAUUAUAUCAUAGCCUCUGGAAUAUUCAUCACGCCAGGAAAGUUGUUGGCAGAAUGUGGAUCUGUCGGGAUGAUGUUGACUAUGUGGGUCUUGUGUGGAUUUAUUGCAUUCUUGUCAUGUUUACCAUUCGGGGAGCUCAGUACUGUGGUACCAAAGUCUGGCAGUAUCUACAUCUACCUCCACGAAGCAUUCAAAGGGUUCCAUCCAUUCUUCGGUGGACUUCCCUCGUUCGUCUACUUCUGGGUGUCUUACAUCAUCGUAAUGCCAGCCUCGGCAGCCCUGAGCGCAAUGUUGUUUGCGGAGUACUCGGUAAUCAUCAUCCGACUGAUCUGGCACGAGGAUUGCCUCCGAGAUGAAAACGCUUGUCUUCGUGCAAAGUAUUUUUUGGGAGGUGGUGCUUUAGUUUUGAUUGGCGUCGUUAACUGUAUCAGUGUCAAGCUGUACAUCAAAUCGCAAGACAUACUUACAUAUAUUAAGAUGAGCUGCAUCGUGUUCAUCAUCGGCUGUGGGUUCUACAUGUCUGCUUCAGGCAAGGCGAAAGAUUACGACUCCAGUUUUACUGGGACACAUCUAUCCAUAAAGAGAUUAACGCAGGCUUUGUACUUUGGGCUUUACGCUUAUGAUGGCGGAUGGGCUAUAACAGGUAUUACUGAGGAACUGAAGAACCCAGAAAAAAACAUUGUGUUCAGCAUCCUGAUAGCUCUCACAAUAUCUACUGUCACUUACCUCUGCUUGAACCUGACAUUCUUGACGGCGCUGACACCGGAACAGAUGUCAGAUGCAACGACUGUCAUUGCUGACUUCACCCAUGAAAUGUUUGGUCCGAGUGGUGGAGGUAUAGCCGCAGGAAUCAUCUGUCUUUGUCUGCUUACCAGCAUUAUGUCCAACGUUUUCUACUCGUCGAGAAUAGGAUAUGUCGCUGCAAGAGAAGGUCAUGUUUUUGAAUUUCUAUGCUACAUUCACAAGAAACUUCAGACACCGGCCCCUGCGGUAAUAUGUCAGAUUGUACUGUCCCUCAUAUAUUUCUUUGUUGGAGGAAACAUCACAUUACUCGUCGACAUGUGUGGAUUUUUCAUGUGGAUGUCGUACGGAAUCACAAUGGUAGCUCUGUUUGUCUUAAGGAGUAAACUGCCAGACGCAUACCGUCCUUUCAGGGUUCCAUCAGCCAUCCCGAUCCUAGUCGCCGCAGUGUCUGUGUUCCUCGUUGUGGAAUCAAUCAUGAUAAUAGACAUUGUCCUUCUUCUGGUGUUUGCUGCUCUCGUAGCAUUCAUAGUCUUUGUUUACUACAUCUUUAUCUACAGGGCUUUCAAAAUCGAAUCUCUGAAUAAAUGGCAGAAAAAAGUGCAAAACUCCUUGUCUCUGGUGCCUCCAGCAGGAGAACUUAAACUGUAACAAUACUAUAAACACUCCACUUUUCUGUGACCUCUCUUUCUAUAGAGAAUAUUUUUAUAUUUUAGACUUUAAGGCACAAAUGUCAAACAAAUGCUGUGUAAUGUAUAGCUGUAUAGGUUGUAUGGAAAAUUCUCUAAAGGGGGAAGGGAAAGAGAGAGACGGUGGAGAAUGGAAUAGAGGGUCAUAACUACCUGUAAGGGAUGGUCUGAUUCCUCAAGUUCUAGAAAUUGAUUAAUAAUGAAAAAUAUUUUAACUAUACAAACAGACAAAAUUGUAAAUAAUUAAAAAUAAAUCCGUAAAAUAAUUUGUAUCCUAUAUUUUGGAUACUCCCCUUUAUCUCAUCUACAGUUUUAGGGUAACCUGCUUGUUGGAUUGAGAAAAGUAAAAAUAUUAAAAUGAUAAAAAAUAAACCAUGUUAACAUGAGCAAUAAAAACAAUGUACCUAAUGAAAAAGUAAACAAAAAGAAAUAAUAACAUAUGACAAUUAAUACACACACACACACAUGAUAGAGACAGUUCAAGGGGAAAAGUCUUAAAGUCUUCAACACUGCUAAUGGUUACAUUACCAGUUUAGUCUGUUUUAGUCUUGCAAUAUAAUCAGACUAAAGUUUAGGGCGACCGUUUUGGUCGCCCUAAAACUGUUCGGGAAUAUGUCAUACAAGUUAAGAAAUAGGUACACAUGUAAAAUACUUAAAGCACCCCACCAUCUAAAACAAAAUUUCUUUGACAUUAUAUUUUUGUAAUUGAUUAAGUAAAUUCUAAAAUUAUUUCAACCUGUUAAAAUAAUCCAGUUACAAGUUCUGUGAUAUCGAGUUUCAUUCUGUGGUAUUUUUCACAGUGGAUGAGAAAUACGUCAUAGUAGAAUGUAUUUAUUUUGUGAUUUUUAUUUGUAACUAGACAUAAGGAAUAUUUUUAAGGGAAAGGUUUAUUCUUACCCUCCUUUGUAGUUUGAUUUGAUUUGUAAAUUGUAUUAUUAAUUUGAAAUGUAACUUUUUGGAAGGAUCAAAUUAAAAACAAGAAAUCAAAUAAUAACAUUUUAUACUCAUCCAUGGCUGGUCAAUAUUCUCAUAUUCCUAAGUUUUCUUCUGUUGUUAUUUUAAAAAUAGUUUGAUCAGAAUUUUCGAUUGCAUUAUCUUCUUAGUGACAUUAUAUUCACUAUAAAUAAUUAAAUUUUCAUAUUAACAGUUAACUAGUGUACCUGUUGCUUGAAAUCGAGCCAUUGUCAAGUACCGGUAUUAUACAGAAGUUAUUUUAAAACUACAGUAAUAACAGUCAUAAUUUUCGAUGAGUUUAAAGGACCCGACUAAAUGCUUA